GAGAGGGCCCAGUUGAGGGCCCUGGAGUGUUUCUUGCCUGCCAUGAGGAUUAUCGCCACUUGCUCGCAGUGCUUCGAUAAUUACCAGGCGGCCACGGACGAGGAGAAGCUGGAUGCGGAGUGGGAGUUCCUGAGUUCCGUGGAGGCCGCCACCAAAGAGUGCAAGGCGUGCGAGGCAGGUGCUUCGCCGGGCUGCGACCUCAUGAAGGACAUCCAGCGCUGGAUGGGCUCCAUCGAGAAGCGUGUCUACCCGAUCGCCAGCGAGUCAGUGCAGGAGGUGCGCUCGAUGCAGAUGGACCUGCUGAAGCAUUGCAUCGACAUGGACCCG